AACAAAGGUGGCGUGAGCGCCCUCUGGCGGCGGCGCCGGAGUAGCGCCUCCAGCUUUGACCUGCGGGGAAUUCUGCUUCCGGGUCUCCUGGGGGUGGGGCGUGGACGUGAGCGCCGAGCAGGGUCGCGGCUGGGGUGGCACCCGAGCGUGCGCAACGGCGAUGACGUGGGGCUGCGGGCGGGGAUCGCGUGGGUUGAGGAUCUGCGUGGUCUGUUACCUCGCCCCCUCCCGGGAGGCCCGUGCUGUUGUUACCAUUUACGGUGAUAACAACAACCCCGUGCAGGAUGGCCCCUGGGCUGCCCGGGGUCUGCACAGGUCCCCUGGAGGAUCCUCCUGGGCAGGGAGCGCUGAAGUGGUAAAGGACAGUGGGGGCAGCGUGGUGCACGGGGUGGGGACAUUAAUGACGGGAGCUGAGGAAGCUUCUGCAGAGGGCCAGCCGCGGAGCAGACGAGGCAUGAACAUACCUGCUCAUUUGAACGAGGCCAGCGACACGUUGGAGGGUGUUCAGGGGGUUCGUGAAGCAGACGGCAGUGAUUAUGGCGACGGCCCAGGGAAGCACCAUCCCCAGGCCCACCCAGAAGUUGCCCCUUAUCUGUGGCUGGUGAUGGGUCGCCACGGGCUGGUGUUCUGGUAUGACCUGGCUAUCAGCUCUCUCAGCCCUCAGGGACCUGACUGGUUGGGCAGUGCCCCGGAGGCAGCCCUGGCUCUGUUGCAGGAGUCUGGCAGCCUGGCCUCCCUUGUAGGGCUCCUGCUUGUCCUCCUUCAUAGAUGUCUUUGGGAUUCACACGUCCAAGAUGCGUAGCACUUAAAUUCUACGUCAUAAGUGCAAAUACAGUGAUUUGAGGACUCUUUAGAUAUCAUUAUCUGCUCUACCUGCUUCAAUCCACCAAUCAGACCACCUCCCAUUCCAUCAGGGUAGCUUCCUGUUUGGAUGCAUUCCAGGGCUUCAGGAGACCUCUCUUUAAAGUGCAAAAAUAACCUUUAUAUCUGGUAUCAGUUCCCACAUAGGUGAGGAGUUAGCACCUUAAUGGUAGUACGUGUAGU